AUUGUUCUGCGCCUGCGUAAAGAACGCGAAGAUAGGAUAGCCUAGGAUCCAGCAUUUUGUCUGUUCCUUACAUAGCAAAUGGUUUUGUCUCUCAAUAAAAAUAAAUACCAGAUCCCUAAGAAAAUGUGACACUCUGCAAUGAUAUUGUAACUUUGUCCAAGAUGUGUAAAGGUGCUGCCUAGGAGCACCGUUCUUCAAGAGUUCUCGUUGAAUUUGUACUAUAUUUUCCUUGGGUGUGUUCUGUGUAAACCGGCAAACUGACGGACCAGGGUGAUAACGAGACGUCAUCGUCUCCUGACAAUUCGAGGAUGGCGGUGUGUCGAGUGCCCACACCGCCUCCUCCAGAUGUAUCCUGCCCGGUAGCUGACAAUUGGUGUUACACGCAGGUUAAAGUCAUAAAGUUUUCGUACAUUUGGACUAUAAACAACUUCAGUUUCUGCCGUGAAGAAAUGGGUGAAGUUCUGAAGAGUUCCACCUUCUCAGCAGGAGCAAAUGACAAACUCAAAUGGUGUCUGCGUGUAAACCCAAAGGGUCUGGACGAAGAAAGCAAAGAUUACCUGUCCCUCUACCUCUUGCUGGUGUCCUGCAACAAAAGUGAGGUCCGAGCCAAGUUCAAAUUUUCCAUACUCAAUGCAAAACGAGAGGAAACAAAAGCAAUGGAGAGCCAGCGUGCAUACAGAUUUGUUCAGGGAAAAGACUGGGGUUUCAAAAAAUUCAUAAGACGAGACUUUCUAAUGGAUGAAGCAAAUGGUUUAUUACCUGAUGACAAGCUCACCAUAUUCUGUGAGGUGAGUGUGGUGGGUGACACAGUGAACAAUUCUGGUCAGUCCAACUGCACCCCAGUGAAGGUUCCAGAAUGCCGACUUAGUGAAGACCUGGGUCAGUUGUUUGACCGCUCAUCCUUCAGUGAUGUCACGCUGUGUGUAGGGGGUAGGGAGUUUUUGGCCCACAAAGCAAUCCUGGCUGCACGAUCCCCUGUGUUCAAUGCAAUGUUUGAACAUCAGAUGACAGAAAGCAAACAGAAUCGCGUUGACAUACAAGAUGUGGACCAUGAAGUGAUGAGAGAAAUGUUGAGAUUUACCUACACAGGGAAGGCACCCAACUUAGACAAAAUGGCUGAUGAUUUGUUGGCUGCCGCUGACAAGUAUGCUCUGGAGAGAUUAAAAGUGAUGUGUGAAGAAGCUUUGUGCUCCAACCUAACGAUAGAAAACGUCUGUGACAUACUGGUUCUUGCGGACUUGCACAGUGCAGAACAGUUGAAAACCCAUGCCAUUGACUUCAUCAACAGCCAUGCAACGGACGUCAUGGAGACGACAGGCUGGCGCUCGAUGAUCCAAGCACACCCCCACCUCAUUGCAGAAGCGUUCCGAGCCCUGGCCAGCCAGCAGUCCCCUCCCCUUGGGCCCCCUCGUAAACGUAGCAAACAAGCUUAGACAGCUGUUCCCCCCUCCAACCAUCAUUAAAUCAUCAUCGUCAUUAUCAUUCCCCCUCCCCAAAGUCCCUUCCUCGUCACUACUUCACAGUGGAACUACGACUCCCUGCUUCUCAACAAGGCCUGCCCUGUCUUAUACAGUGUUUCUGAAGCUUUUUUUGGGGGGGUCAUCUAUCUACUACCAUUUGCUUUUCUGUAGAUUUCACAUGCUGGCUUGUUGUGACAGGAGCUUGUAUAUAUUGUGUGAACAAUCGGAGUGUUGUAUGGCUGAGCAUGGUCUUCCUGGUCUUUCCACAGAGAAACGUGUUACACAAAUGCAGGAUUUAGUGAGGGGAUCCACUGUACUGAAUUAUGUAGAGCAGUAACUAAUUUUUAAAAAAUGGUUAGAGCAGGAGACACAAAGUCUUUUCCCUCCCUGAGUGGAUCGUGUAUCUCGGGGGGGGGGGGGUUUUCUGGGUUGUUGUAUCCAUUUCAGCAUAGGUUAGCCCUGACCCGCGGGAUUGAAGCCAGACUUUGAAUGAUGUAAAUUGUGUUAAUUGGAGGCGUAAAAACACCCAACAUUUUUAUUUUCACUAGAUCGCACUACAUUUCACAGUGUAGAGAAGAUUCCUGUGUUCAGUCUGGUUUCCUGUUUUUUUGACAAGUGAUGCUCAUUUUUAGCUAGCACUGUGUUUUGAAUUUUAACAAAAUAAGUGUAAACUAAACUUGCAAUUUACAUUUUCUAAACCCUUUGAAGACUCAAUGGAUACUUGUCCAACAGCAGAUCAAGGGCCAUGUUGUGUAACACAUAAGAUGCAGAAACACAAAUUUCAAUAUUCCAUAGUAUGCAUGCUUUUGUCUUGUCAGGCACGUGAAUAAUGAAUUGAAAAAUUUGUAUGAAUAAUGAAGUUAUUUUUAGUGCCCCAAAACUUGUCUUCUAGCGUUGUUGAAUAAGAAAAAUGUUCGUCCUCAAAAAGUUUAGAGCAAGUAGAGUGAAAGCCAGGUAGACUAACUGGCGCAGGCCCUCGUGGCUAGAAAUAUGAUGACUCCCUAGCAAUAGUAGUUGGAUACAAGCUUUCCAAGGAAUGUGGAUUGCAGAGUGCUAUGGGAAAAGAUCUUAAAAUUUAGAAGGGAUCUGUACAUUUGUAUAUGUGUAGACGGUUUUGUCCUUUUUUUUUUUUUUUUUUUUUUCCCCGAGAAGUAAAAGAGUUGAGCUAAUCCGUUUGUUAUACAAAAAGUUUUUUGUACAUAGGAGAGUCUGUACCUGGUUUGCUUGACUACUUUUACCGUAGCCUUUCUUUAAUGCUUGAGUGAUCGGGUCUCUGGUCAGAUGGUGUAUAUGGCUGUUUGCGCGUUUGUAGGAAGAAUUUGAUAGCAAGUGAAAAUGGUUCAAUCUUAUUGUGUAAUUAAGGUGUAAAUAUUUUUAUGAGAAAGCUUUGUUAUGCUGCACAGUGUGUUCUGCUGGAUGCAUGCAUAUCAUCAGCCAGCUUGUCAGAUGUACUAAGCCCAAAAUUUUGAAUUUUUUUUUCUUAUUUUAGUUUUUUAAUCUGUGGUACUGGUUGCAUAUAUACUCAUAAAAUAUUUUGUCGAAAUUAUAAUUCUAAAUGUUGAAAAUAACUCGAGAAAAAAUUCGUAAUGUAGAUACUCUUUGUUAAACAACUGAAAUAACUGCUUCUCUCUCUCCUGAAAAAUUUUGCUUUUUGGGCUAUGACAUUUGAACAGCUUGAUGAGGAUAUAUAUUUAUAUGUGCUGUCUAUGCAGGUGGUCAGAAAACUGUCUUCUAUAGUCAAAACAGAAUAGAGUAUGACUCUGGUAAUAGGCGAGAUGUGAUAGCGAGAUUGUCUUGCAGAUACAGUGGAGUCUGCUUAAACCGAAUAUAGAAAAUUUGAAAACAGCAGUAUUCUGAAUGAAAAAGGAAAUGGUCAAAUUCUUUUCUUCUAUUAGAGCAACCUCUCUUCACCAAAAACCCAGCUAAACUGAAGAAAAUGCAUCAGUCCCUCUGAUUUCGGUUAAAGUGGACUCCUUUGUAUAUAUUGUAUUUUCCUGGGCCCCGUCAUGCGCUGAUUGUACCUCAGUCUCAGGCGUAUAGCUUUAGCUGUUUACAUUAUCCUCACUGAAUGGACUGACCUGAGCCGAACAAUGUUUUUAGAUUCUUUGGUAGACCUGUGUUGUAUAACUACUUUGUGCAUAGUUCAUGACGUCAACAGAAACCAACAGACCUCGGACUCGCUCGAGUCACCAAUUCUUAAAGGAGCCUUUAAAAAUUUUUUUUUUUUAAUUUUGUAUAAUCUUGAAUGAAUAAUUUCUUGUAUGAGACUGGAAUACGGCUCUACUUGCUGGGUUUCAUUCAGGUGUUUAUUGUGACUUGAAGCCCCACUGGGAGGGCAAAGUGAUCUGUUUCUUAGCCCAAAGGUUCAGUUUUUGAGAAUGUGGAACACGCACAGUGCACGGCUAUUUGUUUAUUUGUCUUAGCUGGCGUUAUUUUUAUAGACCAGAUGAUCCUUUUUUUUUACCCUUGAGAUUUUGAUUUAUUUUCCCUCUUUAAAAGUUAUUUUUCUUUUCACUCACUCUUUUCACUUGAUGUUCAAGUGAUGUGGAUAAUCGGACAAAUUGUUUCCGCCUGUCAGUCUUGUGUACUGAGUGUGUAGUACAAGUCUGCCCAUGUUUCUCAACCAGUGAGUAUGACAAGCCGUACUUUGUGUGUCAUUAUGUAUUCAGGGAGAAAGGUCAAAGGUGUAUUUGAAAUGCAUUUCUUGUGGAAGUCUAAAAAAUAUUCAGUAGAAUUACAUUCAAGCAUGUCAAGACACCAUUCAUUGUCGAGGAGAAAAGUAAUUGCCGUAGACAGGUGGAUAUCUUGGAUAGUGUGACUGUAAUAUUUUUAAAAAUCCUAGCCGGGAGUUAGGAAGUGGCUGUUUUGUAAUGAUGAUUGUAUUGGAUGGGUGGCCGUUAGAGCAGGUUCCCCUGUACUGUGUAAUGAAGUGGUAAUUAGGCACUGCUCUAGGUGACUUUUUUUUGGACUGGUCAGGAGGUUCACGUUUUGGGAAUAUUUUUGGUCUUCACAGGGAGAUUUUUUGAAUUUUGAAAGGAAGUGCACAGCAGUGUGCCAGAUUGAAUCUUCUUGACAUGUUCUCUACCAAAAAGGUUUUCCUCUUCUGCUUUGUGUGGACUAGGAUCUCGGGAGAUUUCCUCCACCUUUCUGUAUUUCUCUUCUUUGAACCCUUUUCUUCGAAGACAAACAUUUGUGGUGUGGCGGUUAGGUUCCUCACUAUUGUAUGCAGGAGACCUCAGUUUAACUUCCAUGUCAUGUGGGAAGAGUUUUUUCUGUCAUCUCAGUCAUUCUGCUUGGGAUAUUGUAUCCCUCUCUGCCUCAGUUAGUCCUGACAGUAGGGUUGGAGACCUGCCUCCUAAAUGAUCUAAAAUGUGAAGGGAUUUAUAAAUCUGUGUACAUGUGUGAAGCUGCUUUACUGGAGUGGAACCCUGUUUGUCUUCCCUGUGUGUCAAAUGUUGGUUUCUGGACUUUGAGUUUCUGUUCCACCAGCCUAGUGUUUUACUUGUAUUCUCCGAAGACAAUCUGAUAGAGAUUUGUAAAGUGUUUGGGUGCUUUGCUGUUGCAGGCAGGAGACCGAAGUUCAGUUCCUUAAUGUUUCACAUUUUUAUUGAAUAUCUGGGUCUUUCUGUUCGGAUAAUGAAUCCCUCUAAGCUUGCAUCGGCACCUAUUAAAUGAUCUAAACUGUGUCGGUUGAUGAAUGCAUAAAACGGCUACAUCAAACAACAAAAAAAAAAAAGAAAUAGGAAAAGAAAUUGUCCAGAGGAGAGGGAUCAUACCCUAUUUUACUUUGAUCUGCCUUUCAUUUUUUUGGAGUGGGUGGAGUUUUCUUUCUUUUGUUUUGUACAUGUACAUAAGUGCAAGGAAGAUGAAAUCUCCUGUACUUUAUAACUCGCUGGUAUUUAUUAUUGUAUGUCUGUUGGACUGUUUUGGCAAGUCGUUUGUCCUUUAUGGUGAUUGGCUAGGCAUGGAGUGGGUGUUGUGAAAGGCCAGUGAAUGUGCUGUAGGGGAUUGGUCGACUGUUGUUCAGUUCCUGGGUUAUAAGUUUUGUUUAAUUUUCCGGGUUUUUUUGUACAUUAAAAACAUUUUUAGCAGUAGAGUUCAGCAAAUAUGUACAUCAGUGUAUCGGCAGUUGUGUGUGUGUGUGUGUGUUUGUGGAUUGAUGACAAGUCUGGGUAUAAUGUGGCUGUGUUUUGCGUCCAUGUUUCAGCUUCUUACUGAUGAGAGAAAGAAAGAUUGCUCCCUGUGCACAUGCAUCCGGCCUGGGAUAUUUUCAUGAAUGAUGAAUGUACUGGCACAGUAUUUGUUACUAGAGCAUUGUAGAUGAAAAAGGGUUGCUCAGGGACUUGGAAUUCAUCUGGUUAUCAUUUCCUGCAAUAUUAAGACAAACUGAGCUUUAUACACCAUUUGGGUUUUUGCUUCUCACAGAGGUUGGUGGCACCCCUCAUUGCUACCUUGUCUCUUCUAGCAAACUGUUUUAAAAAAUCUUAUGUUCUGAUUGGGUCAUUUGAUAGGACAUUUCCAUGGUUUGGAAGUCUUUGGAUGCCUUGUUGGACAGAGUAUCCUGCUAAUUUGAUAAUGUGUCUCUUAGGGUGCUGUUAAAACAGCUUUGGGAGAGCCAGAUGGCUCUGUUGGGGUUUAGUAAGUCAAAGACAUUUUUUUCCUGACUAUUUCAUGCUUUUUGUUUUGUUUAUUUAUUCUUUAAGAUAACGUCAGGGGUGGGUAUUGAUAGAUUGAAAAAAAUGAAAGGACAAUUUGACUUCACAUUCCACAUUUUAUGUUAUGAAACAUGUACAGAGAUGUCCUGUGAAAUAGGUUAUUUAGGUAUUCUUGUGUUUGCAUGCAUUCAUCUCAAAACUAAGUAACUAUAGCUCAGGUAUACUACUAAACUAUUGACGCUUUGCCGAAAAAGAAAAGUACUAUCUGAUGCUUAAGGGUGGUGAAUGUAGAUCCCCUCAAAAUCCCCAAGUUUCUGUGUUUUGAUUUGAUUUGCCUUUCUUUUUUUUUUUUUUCAGAUUAUUAAUUUCUUGUCCCUUUUUCGCUUUCUUGAUAUUGGAGAAUGAUGCCGGAUUUUGUGGGGUUUUCUUUGUGUUGUUGUGAGAAGGAUGAUUGCACAAGUGUAUUUCAGUGAAGAUAUUUGUGGGCCAUGUAUGUGGACACUAUGGCGGCGUUUCUCACUUUAACCCAACUCAACCUCAACCAAAUGUUGGAUAUAUUGCGAAUCCCCUCUGGUUGCACUUCUUCUUGCAUAAGGGACUUUUUUUCUGAUAGCCAGAGGGACAAUGAUUUUUGACAAAAUUAAAUGUGACUGGUGACUGACUUAUUGUUAUUGUAGACAUGACUUGGAAAGUAUGGAUAGUGACCUAUUGUUAUUGUAGUCAUGACUUGGAAAGUGUGGAUGGUGACUUACUGUUAAUGUAGUCAUGCAUGAGCAAGUGAGUGUUAGUGUUAGAGAUGACAUGAAUUGCUGGUGCUAUAGCUGUUGUGAAGGUUGUGUGCUUGCCUGGAAUUCUUGAGAGAAAAUGGAGUGGAAUUAUAUAUAUAUAUAUAUACAUACAUGUAUGUGAAGUAUUGUGGUGAAAUCAGUCACUUGUCAAAAGAAUGAAAUUGAAGAGACAGCAUUUUUUCACCCGUUUGACAAUUUUUAUCUAAUUUUUGUCAACACCCCUUAUGUCCAUGUAAAAACACAGUUCUGUUUUGAUUUUACUGAAAACGUUGAUUAAAGGUACAGCAAAUGUAAAUUAAUAGUUUACAUGAAAUGUCAACCUUGGGAAGUCACCAAACUUUAUAGCAGCCAUUUUCUCACUAGAUUUAAUUCUACCUCUGUAACUGUAACCAGGUGACCCCUACCUCUUUCAGCUGUAAAUACCUCAAAUUUUUAAAAUAAGAUAUAUGGGUAUUUUUUUUUUUUCGUCAAAAGCAAGACAAACAAGCUUUUAGAUUAAACCGAAAACUCUACACGACCAAUAAUUGACGGGCACCUGAUUUCACCGUGUCGUGACACACACUCACACACACACACACAUAUAUAUAUAUAUAUAAGCAGGUAGCUGUGGAAGGCUGAAGUGGGCAUUUAUUCAACAGGUCUAGCAGGAUGUGGGAUGAUGAAUAGAGGUGUCGUGUGUUUUAUUGGGAGACUGGUUGUGCGAGUGUUGCUUCCUGUUUGCAUGUCAGGGUGGUCGGAUGGUGGUUUCAUGUAAUUGACAUCCAAGUUUCUCAUUGUGAUUCAUUGUAUUUCUGUGUCACUCAGUUUCUGUUUUUGUUUCAAUAAUUGAUUUUUUAAAUCACCCUUUAUGAUGACAAUAAAUCGUGUAAUGUAUAAUGACA